CCACAAACGCUCCUCCGGCAUUCAGUUCAGAACCAGUGAGCCGCAGUCGAGACAGUAAACGGAGAUUAGCAGCUUUCACAAGCGGACACGGAUCACGACACACGGGCUCCAGGUAUAGAAGGAGAAGGACAGGACCUCUGUCUAUCAAACUCUGAAGUGCCCAGUGCCAGCUGUAUAGGUCAACUCAACCAUAACACCGCAGAACAAUAGGAGCCUAACCCAGAGACCUUAGACGGCUAUCAAAAAGCAAAUAAUCGAGCUCAUUAGCUCUCUUCCCCCAAGACGACCUUCUCUGAAACGUUCAACAGAAGAAAGGAAGUUAAAAGGGACGAAACAAGGAGGAAAAAGGGCACUGGCAGCUAUUUCUGAUGCUCUGUGGUGAAGAAAACAUCUGAUUUGGGAUUUGAGGAUUGCGGAAAAAGGAUUUCCCCAUGCCCUGCCCGUUUAUCCCAAUGCCUGUAUAAAUAUUGCAUGGAGAUAUCGAUUUGUCCCUUUUCCAAAAGCACCCAGUAAAGAGACUAAGUAUUGCAAAUCCCAACAGCCGGUCUGUUGCUUAAACCUCUCAGAUUCUCAGAAUGCCUAAAAAUCUAUGUUCAUAGGGGUCCUAUAAAUGGAUCCCUAAAAGCGUCUAUAUUCCGAGACACGUCAGCUCUCGAAGAAUCAUCAGACCAUUGGUUUCAUCUCCAGAGAGUUUCCUUCUCUUUGUAGGGCGAGGCAGCUGCUUUGUCCUUUUUAUUUGGAUGCAUUUUUCCAGAACUCCAAAAUGAAGCCCUUAACUCCCAUUGGUUCACCCUCUCCACUGAGGCUCAUGAACAAGGGGCCCGAUUACCUGCGCAGGCAGAUGGAUGCCGGAAGCAGGGGUCAUUCCGUCAGUGCUGUAGAGCGUCUGGAAGCCGACAAGGCAAAGUACGUCAAGAGUCAACAGGUCAUCAACACAAAGCAGGAGCCCGUGUUAGUGCCCUGUGCAACCCCUCCACCGGUGCCCCGUCGCAACUUCACCGUGUCCACUCCUUCAACACCUGUUCUCCCGCCUCGAAAUAAAACGGCGCCUUUCACUGCACCGCUGUUCUCCAGGGAUGAAAAUGAGGACGAUUCGAGGAAAGAGAACUGUCGGAACGAAACUGAAAUGGAAACCAACAAUUGCAACAAUGCAAACAAGCUUCCCGUACCUUCUCCAAGAACUCCAACCAUUGCUCCAUUAGUUGCCCCGCGUAGUGCUCCAAUAAUGCGCAGGAGCAACGGCAAGCGCAUGCUGCGUCCAGACUCCCUGGUCAUUUACAGACAGAAGAAAGAGUGCAAGAGUCCCAGCGGCAGUGGUGAAAAUGCCAGCGGCAACUUAGAGGUCAAGGGAUACAGCUUUGUACGACGACUCUUCCAGGGAUCCAUGCGCGAAAAGAGCGGUGGUAACGAGGCUCAGAAAAUGGUGAUAAAUGAGGAGAAGGCUUCUUCCUCUCGAGACGGGGAUUCACGAAUGUCUUGGUCCAAUGACAAAGACACUGUCGAUGGUGGGAACGAGACUAGACGAUCGAGCAAAUCCGAGCGAGAGCACUCAACGCCCGAGAUGCAAAAUGACAACACUGGCUUUCAGGAGAAGCAAUCAAAGAACUGCAUGAUCAACAGUUUACGAAACAGCACGGGGAAUCCCAACAAUAACGACAUGGACCCAUGGAAGCCAGUCAUUCCUCAGAUGCGAUCCGAUUUGAAACGCUCCAAGUCAGAAUUGCGACUACGCUGCUCGCUAGCCAUGUCCGAGCAGGAACGCUUCUUCGACUACUGUGGAUUGGACCUGGAUAUGGUGGAAAGGCUCGGACCGGAGAACUUUCUAACUGGGGCCAGUUCAGUUGACACGCUCUCGCUGCUACUGAGGAGCAUCGGAGGCGGCGGCUCGGAGCCAAGCGAGUUUUCCCGACACUCCGGUGAUGGGCUUUUCCAGGAGGAGCUUGCCGAGCAGAUCCCUACAGGUGUGUCCAUUAUCGAGAGAAAUGCACGGGUCAUAAAGUGGCUCUACGGUUGCAGGAACGCAGCCCAGGAGGGUCCUAAAGAGUCUACUGUUUGAUUAUCACGCUAACUAAACCCAAGACUUUCUGGAGCCGUGUUCCAAUUUGGGAAACUAUGCUGUAUUUAUUUUACAUGAGAGUAUUUAAGAGAUCGUUUGGCUUAUCACAGCCAGUACGAGAACAUUCAAGUUAUUUUGUGUAAGUCACACAUGAAGCUGCAAACCGAUACUUCCUUUCACGACCUACACUGUGGCUUUGUCGAAAUCGCCCCCUAUACCCUCAUUUACUAUUCCCAACAUUAGUUUACUAAUGUAGUCCACUCGAAGGAGUGAAUGAAAACAAAUGAGUGAAUUCGGACAUUGGAUGUGGCUGUGGACUCCAACUUCUGGGAAGACUCAGAAAUUAAUUUGCUGCAUUUCUCACAUUGCAUGGCUAUUCUGUAGCGGCCUAUCCACUCAUUAUUGUGGUGCAUUAUGGGAUUGAAUGAGUGCACUCAAUAAUGUCAGACUAGUGCACUGUAGAGUAUAGGGGGCGAUAAUGAUGUAUCUUUAGCGAUGUCAUCUCCGGUUCUCUGUAAAUAGAAAGAUUCAUGAGUCCGUCCUGUUACUUCUGUUGAGAAGCGAGUGUUAUUUGUUGAGCGUAACUUAAAGAACGUGUCAUCUGAUGAAUAAUUUUACAUUGAAAACCACUAAGCUUUUCUCUGGGGCUGGGAAACCGAUGCACGAGUGUUAAAUGAACCAUGUGUUCCUCAUUUCCCAACUGUCCCAGUUUAGUUUGUGUGUUGCCUUUUUUCCUUAAACGCAGGCGUUGGAACAAACACACAGAGGGCCCCUGUGGGGAUAUUAAUGCACUGAAUUGGAGAAAGAGACGAAGCGAGAGCUAUAUAUAUUGCUAUGAAACGUAUUUUUAACACUGAGUGCAUGCAAAGAAGUAGGGCCUUAAAACAACCUGAUUUUGAGUUUCAUUAACUUAUGCCAAAGAAAUGUGCUGCAUACUGAUGUACAAUAAGUUCCAAACCCUAUCGAGCCGCCUUGAGAGAAUGAUGUUCACAGAGUUUGACAAUAGCAUGUUGCUAAGCUAAUAACUUGGAAAAUAAAUUGGGUGAAAUAGCAUAUUUUUUAUUAAUAUUUUCCCAGUACAAAAUAUAUUUAUAAUCGACACAUCUUCCAUUGUUUAUUAUAUAUUUUCCCUGUGCAUUUUAGAAUUGCCUUAUUCAUGAAGGAUGCAUGUUGUGCUAAUUCAGUUUUGGCCAAAACUCUGUAUUGUACAAGGCAUUGUAAUUUUGCUCUAAACAGCAAAGCGGCAUCCAAAUAUUAAUUUCUGAAGGGGACCAAAAAUACAAUUUUAGAAUCAGUCAUUGAAAAACCAAUACUGUUGGUAGCCGCUCACUUGGAAAAACCAGCAUAUGCUGGUUAGGUAUGUUUUGAAGCAUGGCUGCUGGU